AUGCUCUGCAUCAAACAAAAAGCCAUCACUCCUCCUCCUCUCCACCAUUUUUCCACCCACAAGCUUCCCCUGCUUCGUCCCCUGAAACAAACAAUGAAGCAAACCCAUAACUCUGUUUUUCUCUCCUUUCUCCUACUCACGAUCUCACUCCACUUUCCACCCCAAGCAAAUGCUUCACGCAGCAGCAACUUCACAGACCAAUUAGCCUUGCUGGAGUUCAAGCAAGCAGUCACUUACGACCCAGAUGGAGUUCUCACCUCCUGGAACAGCUCCCUCCAUUUCUGCAACUGGGCUGGCGUCACCUGCAGCCCAAAACGGAGAGUCACUUCUCUGAUCCUCCAAGGAUACAACCUCCAAGGCACCCUCUCCCCACAUUUAGGCAACCUGAGCUUCGUCAGGUCCAUCCAACUCAUGUACAACAGCUUCCGCGGCGGGAUCCCGCCGCAAUUCGGCAACCUCCGCCGCCUCCGGACGCUGAAUCUCACCUACAAUCCACUCGGAGGCGCGAUCCCGACCAACCUGACGCGCUGCUCCCUGCUCAGGGACCUCAGGAUCGCAGCAGCGGGCCUCGUCGGAAAAAUCCCCGACGAAAUCGGGCUGCUGUCGAAUCUAGAGGUGAUCAAAAUUGGAACCAACGAUCUGACCGGCCCGAUCCCGGCUUCUAUAGGGAACCUGUCGAGGCUCCAGAUCUUCAGUGUUGCGUAUAACCACCUGGAGGGACAAAUUCCUGACACCGUGGCUCGGCUCUCCAGCAUUAGUCAAUUCGUCGUGGGAGUAAACCGACUCAACGGUACAAUCCCUCUUUCUCUGUACAAUUUGUCAUCCAUGACGAUCUUGACAUUGGUUUACAACCAAUUCGGAGGCCGAAUUCCGCACGAUAUCGGGUUUACUCUCCCCAAUCUGUUGUUCUACGGGAACUCCUUGAAUUGGAUGUUCGGCCCCAUUCCUUCAUCAUUUUGCAACGCGUCUAAGCUCAGGGACAUGAACAUGAAUCAGAACAGCUUGUCAGGAAGGGUUCCUGAUUGUCUGGGGAGCCUUCCGAAUCUCGUCUACUUCAAUGCGGCGGCGAACAAUCUUGGAACCAAUUCCUCUGGCGAUUUGGAGUUCGUCACAGGGUUGAGCAAUUGCAGCAUGUUGCAGGAAUUGGGUGUCGGGAUGAACAAUCUUGGUGGGUCGCUACCUGAUUCUGUGGCGAAUCUGUCAGCUCGGCUCGAUCAAUUCGACGUAUCGAUCAACCUGAUUCGGGGAGAGAUUCCUCGAGGGCUGGAGAAUCUGAUCGGCUUGAAUAAGUUCGAUCUGUCUGAAAACUCUUUCACAGGGCGCAUCCCUUCUUAUUUUGGCGGGUUUCAGAAUUUACAGGGUUUGUGGAUGCAGGGGAACCAAUUGUCCGGUGAGAUCCCGUCGUCGUUGGGAAACUUGAGCCAAUUGAACAGACUCGACAUUUCUGAUAACAUGCUCGAAGGCGUUGUUCCUCUGAGCCUCGGGAGCUGCCGUCAGCUUAACUUACUGGAUGUCUCUGCCAACAAACUCACCGGAAAGUUACCGGCGGAGGUUUUCCGGCUUUCUUCGCUCUCGAUUGGGUUAAACCUGUCUCGGAACGAGUUCAUUGGCAGCAUCCCAAAUGAAAUCGGGAAUCUGACAAACGUGGAAGCUCUGGAUUUAUCGCACAAUUUCCUGACAGGUGAAAUUCCUGAUACAAUUGGCAAUUUUAAGAGCUUGAAAACCCUGUAUUUGCAGCAGAACUCUUUGAGUGGGAGUGUUCCUCUGGCAUUAGCUUCACUCAAAGCCAUGGAAAGUUUGGAUCUUUCCCUGAACAAUUUCAGCGGAGGAAUUCCUCCUGGUUUGCAAGAUGUUCAAACUAUGAAGUAUUUGAAUCUUUCGUUCAAUAAUCUGCGAGGUGAGGUCCCAACGAAAGGGAUCUUUGCAAAUGUGAGUGGAACAUUUCUGAUGGGCAACCCCAUGCUCUGUAAUGGCGUCUCGGAGCUCCAUUUUCCAUAUUGCCCGACGAAAGCAAGAUCCUCGCAGAAAAGAGCUGCCACUGUAAAACUGAUAAUGAUCAUUGUCUUGGUAUCGACGUUUUCCUUCAUUUCUAUAUUAGGGUUGCUGCUUCACUACAAGUCUAGGAGAUCGAAGAAGAAGACUUGCGACGAAGAUUCUGCUUUAAGCCACUUUGUCAGGAUUUCUUACAAAGAUCUCUGCAAAGCAACCAAUGGGUUCUCUGCCGAGAAUUUGAUCGGGUCCGGUGGAUUUGGCACCAUCUACAAAGGAGUAAUCGAACAAAUUGAGACUCCAGUAGCAAUCAAAGUACUCAAAAUUCAGGAUAAGAGAGCUCAUAAAAGUUUACUCGCCGAGUGCAAUGCACUGAAGAAUAUUCGACACAGGAAUCUGGUUAGGAUCCUAACCUACUGCUCUAGCUUGGAUCGUCAAGGCAAUGAUUUCAAGGCUCUGAUCUUUGAGCUUAUGCCCAAUGGGAGUCUAGAAGAAUGGUUGCACUCCGAUCGCAACCUGAGCUUAACCCAGAGGCUUAACAUCGCGGUAGAUGUGGCAUCCGGACUACACUAUCUUCACGAUCUUUGCGAGAACACAAUCGUCCAUUGUGACUUGAAGCCUAGCAAUGUACUUCUGGAUGCGGACAUGGUUGCUCGUGUGGGGGAUUUUGGUUUGGCGAAGAUCUUGUCAACCGGUACUGCUGGUAGCUCAUCCCAAAGGAAAAGUAGCACCAUCGGAAUUAAAGGAACGAUCGGUUAUGCCCCUCCAGAGUAUGGAAUGGGAGUUGCUCUCUCAAAAGAUGGGGAUGUAUAUAGCUAUGGCGUACUUUUACUAGAGAUGUUCACGGGAAGAAGACCUACGAAUGAGAUGUUCAAAGAUGGUGUAAAUAUCUGCGAUUUUGUGAAAGCAACUCUUCCUGAUGCGAUAUUAUCCAUACUCGACCCCUCAAUGUUUGUCCCGUCACUUGGACCAAGAAGUAGAGGAGUGGUAGGAAGAAAUGCAAUGGAAGUCGGUACUCAUGGGCUUGAAAUCGAAGGGAUGACACUGACAGAAAGUGCAAGAGACUGUUUGGUUUCGGUACUUGAAAUCGCCGUGAGUUGCUCGACAGAGCUGCCAAGAGAGCGAAUGAAGAUGGCUGAUGUUGUCAGAAAGCUUACUUCUAUACGUGAUGUCUUUGUAGCAUCAACUUCUAUCCGAAGACAACCUAAUCCAGAACGAGGUUGACUUCAAUGACCACGAUAGCAUAUAAACCUAUCAUUACUUGUUCCUUUGCUCCUUAUCGCUUUAACAUGGUUGUCCCUUUAUCGUCAUAAAAUGCCAUUUUCAUCGC